UUCUCAAAAAAAUUAAUCCUGCUAAAAUUCGUAACUUUUCAAUUAUUGCUCAUAUUGAUCAUGGAAAAUCAACUUUGGCGGAUCGUUUGCUAGAAAAAACUAACUUAAAAAACAGUAGUAAAUCUUUUGAAAGAAUAUUGGACAGCCUUUCAUUGGAACAGGAAAAAGGUAUUACUAUUAAACUAAAUGCGGUUCAAUUAUAUUAUCCUCCGGAAAGCCCCGAGCCCUAUAUUUUUAACUUGAUUGAUACUCCCGGGCAUGUCGAUUUUAUGUAUGAAGUUUCUCGUUCAUUGGCUGCCUGCGAAGGAGUAAUAUUGCUGGUCGAUGCUACUAAAGGUAUUCAAGCUCAAACUCUCGCUUACUACGAAGUUGCUAAAAACCUUGAAUUAAAAAUUUUACCAGUAAUUAAUAAAAUCGACUUGCCCUCAGCUCAACUAACUACUACCAAAACUCAACUAAUUGAACUACUCAAUUGUCAAGAGAGUGAUAUUUGUUUAAUUUCGGCCAAAACCGGAAAAAAUGUGGACUUGUUGUUGGAAAAUAUUAUUAAAAUUAUUCCCAAAGCAACUUUUCGAGAAGGUCUAUUAUGUGCUCUAAUAUUUGAUCUUUUUUACAGUCGUUAUUAUGGAGUGGUUAUUUAUGUUCGUAUUUUCGAAGGCGAGUUGGCAAAAGGGCAAAAAGUUAAAUUUCACAGUAGUCAAAAAAUCUAUCAGGUAGAAAGAUUAGGAGUAAAAACACCCAAGGAGAUUUUAAAAAAAAAACUAAUCGCUGGAGAAAUUGAAGGUUAUCAAGAAAUAAAGCCGAAUGUUUAUUCUAAUUUAUACCCUGGUGAUAGUUCUCAAUACAAAGAAUUCAAAAAAGCCUUAGAAGAAUUACAAAUUCAAGACAGUAGUUUAAGUUUAGAAAGUAUCGAUUCGCAAUUAUUAGGUCCUGGUUUCCGUUGCGGAUUUCUAGGUUUAUUACAUCGGGAAAUUAUUUGUGAAAGA